GUGAGAAUGAGAACGGACAGCGCGAGACGGUGGGGAAUUACCGACCCUGGACGUUAAUAAGCGCUGAGUGGAAACCCGGGACACUCGGGACAGGAAGUGGACGUCUGGCAAAUCCUAUGGCUUGAAGACAUCUUUCCUGGUAGCUGCUCAUGGAUUUCCUUGCGGAAUAUGGCACCAAUGAGACCUACCACGACAACACGAGCGAGGCUUUCAAUGGCACGGACAUUGAAGCCAAGCACCAGUAUAACUAUUACGCCAUGCUCCUGACGCUGCUCAUCUUCAUCAUCGUCUUCGGCAACGUCCUGGUGUGUAUGGCCGUCUCCCGAGAGAAAUCGCUACAGACGACCACGAAUUACCUGAUCGUGAGCCUCGCUGUCGCGGAUCUCCUGGUGGCUACACUAGUAAUGCCAUGGGUGGUGUAUUUGGAGGUGGUGGGCGAGUGGCGCUUCAGUAAAAUUCACUGUGACAUUUUUGUCACUCUGGACGUCAUGAUGUGCACGGCCAGCAUUCUUAAUCUGUGCGCAAUUAGUAUUGACAGGUACACAGCUGUUGCCAUGCCACUGUUGUACAACACGCGGUACAGCUCGAAGCGCCGUGUCACAGUUAUGAUCUCUGUGGUUUGGGUUUUGUCCUUUGCCAUCUCCUGCCCCCUGCUGUUCGGGCUAAACACGACGCGCGACGAUGCCGUGUGCGAGAUCGCCAACCCGGCCUUUGUGGUGUACUCCUCCAUCAUGUCCUUCUAUGUUCCCUUCAUCAUCACGCUCCUAGUCUACGUGCAGAUCUACGUGGUUUUGCGCAAGCGUCGGAAAAGAGUGAACACCAAGCGCAGUUGCCAAAGGAUGGACGCUGAGCCGCAGCUUCCUCUCAAGGAAAAGUGCACCCACCCAGAGGAUGUGAAACUCUGCACAGUCAUUGUAAAGACCAAUGGGAGCAUGCCUGCCAAAAACAAGAGAACGGAGGUGAUGCAGGAGGACAGCAAUGUGGAGGUGGGCCUUACAGCCAGUCCCAGUCCUCCAGAAAAGUUGAAGGUGGCACCAGCUGCAGCAGGCACUAUGAUGGCCAGCCAGAGUUGUGCAUCACCCUUGCAAGAUGAGUGGCAACCCAGUUGCGACGAGAAAAAUGGCCAUGCCAAGGACGCCCAGAUCCCAGCAGGGGCCAAAGCUUUCGAAACGCAUACCCUGUCUAAUGGCAAGACGCGCACCAAUGUCACCAAGCCCAUGAGCAAGAGAAAGAUGUCACAGCACAAGGAGAAGAAAGCUACACAGAUGCUUGCCAUUGUUCUGGGUGUUUUCAUCAUAUGCUGGCUGCCCUUCUUCAUCACUCACAUCCUGAAGACACACUGUACUAGCUGUUACGUGCCUCUGGAAAUGUACAACGCCUUCACGUGGCUGGGAUAUGUGAACAGUGCUGUCAACCCCAUCAUAUACACCACUUUCAACGUGGAGUUCCGCAAGGCUUUCAUGAAGAUUCUGCACUGCUGAGCGCACUUUUAAACGAGCCUAAGUUUAGUUUUCUCACAGACUCGUACAUGAACAUUAUAGGCACAGGGGCUUUUCAGCUUGACUCUAAUGAAUGUAAAUCUGGAGCUUUAUUUGGAGGUUUGAAGCUUUGUAGUUCUUAAACCACAGCCUGUGAAAGAUGCCUCUGGCUAAGAGACAGGGAGAGAGACAGAGAGAGAGAGUGUGUGUGUGUGUAAAGGAAUGAAAUGGAAGAACUGCAGUAGGACGUCCAAGCACUCGGUGGAACCGUCUUGAUUUUCUUCUUGAUCUUCUUCCUUCCUUCCUCUUUUUCUUCUUGUGGACGUGAAAUUUGAAGCCUUUUUCCAGCUUCACUUGAAGGGGCUUUUUCAAGUAUUCUUACUGAUGUUCGUCUUCAGGAG